CCGGCCGCGCGGAGCAGCGCGGGCAGAGCAGCGGGAGAGCAGCCGGCGCCCUCGGUGCCCGCGCAGCGGCUCCUGCAUGAUGGGCCCCCACCUGGCGCUGCUGUGCCUCCUCCCCGCCGUGCGGGCCGCCGAGCGCCCCGAGGGCCGGGCGGACGCGCCGGGCGCAGAGGCGGCCCUGGCCAUGCCCAACGCCUCGCACUUCUGGACCAACUACAGCUUCUCCGACUGGCAGAACUUCGUGGGCCGGCGGCGCUACGGCGCCGAGAACCAGAACCCCACGGCGAAAGCCCUGCUCGUCGUGGCUUACUCCUUCAUCAUCGUCUUCUCGCUCUUCGGCAACGUCCUGGUCUGUCAUGUCAUCUUCAAGAACCAGCGAAUGCAUUCGGCCACCAGCCUCUUCAUCGUCAACCUGGCGGUGGCGGACAUCCUCAUCACGCUCCUCAACACCCCCUUCACUUUGGUCCGCUUUGUGAACAGCACAUGGGUGUUCGGGAAAGGAAUGUGCCACGUCAGCCGCUUUGCCCAGUACUGCUCCCUGCACGUCUCAGCACUGACGCUGACUGCCAUUGCUGUGGACCGUCACCAGGUCAUUAUGCAUCCGUUAAAACCCCGGAUCUCCAUCACGAAAGGCGUCGUCUACAUAGCAGUCAUUUGGACCAUGGCGACGUUCUUCUCGCUCCCACACGCCAUCUGCCAGAAGCUAUUUACCUUCAAGUACAGUGAGGACAUUGUCCGCUCCCUGUGCCUGCCUGACUUCCCCGAGCCAGCUGACCUCUUCUGGAAGUACCUGGAUCUGGCCACCUUCAUCCUGCUUUACAUCCUACCCCUCCUCAUCAUGUCCGUGGCCUACGCCCGUGUGGCCAAGAAGCUGUGGCUGUGCAACACAAUCGGUGACGUGACCACGGAGCAGUACCUGGCUCUGCGGCGCAAGAAGAAAAAGACCAUCAAGAUGCUGAUGCUGGUGGUGGUCCUGUUUGCCCUCUGCUGGUUCCCCCUUAACUGCUAUGUCCUCCUCCUGUCCAGCAAGGUCAUCCGCACCAACAAUGCCCUCUACUUUGCCUUCCACUGGUUUGCCAUGAGCAGCACUUGCUACAAUCCCUUCAUCUACUGCUGGCUCAACGAGAACUUCAGAGUGGAGUUGAAGGCGCUACUGGGCAUGUGCCAAAGGCCAGCCAAGCCUCAGGAGGAGCAGCCGCCCUCCCCAGUGCCUUCCUUCAGGGUGGCUUGGACAGAAGAGAGCAAUGGCCGGAGGGCUCCUCCAGCCAACCACCUCCUGCCCUCCUCCCAAGUCCAGUCUGGCAAGACAGACCUGUCAUCCAGGGAGCCCACUGUGGCAAUGAGUUAGAGGAGGGUGGACGAGGCAGAGGAGGGCUCUGUCUCCAGCUGAGGCUGGGAAGGGGCCUGAGGACAGAGCCUGGCAAAAAGCCUGUCUUCUCACACAUGAACCUUCACAGUACUGGAAACAAGUUGCUACAGAGGCCAUAGGACUCUUGAGUUCCUAGGAAGUCUCUGCUCAGCCUCCUACCGCAUGUGAUGUGAGACCCAAAUCGAUGAAAUCAUGUCUUAAGAAAUGCUGUGAGGUGUAUCACCCUGGUUCCCUGAGCCAGAGAGCCCAGGACAACUUCCACCCACUCGGGCUGAGUCAGUCAACUGCCUCAACUAUCAAGAAGUUGCCUUACAACCUCCCUGUGGCUCAGCAUCCGUAAAGGACACCUGAGUCAUACCGAGGGUGUGGCCAACCCAGAUGCACCGAGCUCUGCUUUAGAAAGGCUCACUGGCCAGUGAGAGGUCAGCAAGCCAGAGCUGGCCCAGAGGUCACUCCUGAAGUUGUUGGAUCAGGAUGAAUCGAUUCUGUGGUGACUUGGCUCCGUACAUGACAAGAAAGAACCACCUGGGCUCCUUAAAACAAAGAGGAGUUACUGAGCUUCCUUUAAAACAAAGAAAAAGUAUUAAAAUUGGAAAAUUCAGAAUAGCGCAAAGAAGAAAAUAAAAACUACCACAUCUCCGCCCAGUGUAUGAUAAGUUCUGCUAGCAUAUUGCAGAUUUAUUUGCAGCCCUUUCCCGUGUGUGGGUGUUUCUGAUUUCAUUCUGAAUUGCACUUUUCCGUUUAGAGAUAAGCAAGAUAUAGGGAUAAAGCAGAAAACUUCCAAGCCCCUCUCCAUGGAAUAAUGUCUACCAGAAGAGUUGGCAGAAGAGGUGGGAGAGGACUCCAAGGACGAGACUGGCACAGAGCUGGAAGACUGUCUUCCUGUAGCCAGUGAUGGGCUGAAGUACCUCUUGUCAGCUGGAGGCGUUGUGAUGAGAUGGGGAACAAAACUCAUUCAGGAGGCAUACAUCCUUCUCUCCUGCAAUCACACAGAACAAGGAGUAAAACACUGCACUGCUUUCCCAGGAGAUGAGCGUAGCAGGCUUUCCAACAUGCUGGAAAUAACUGUGCUCAGAUACCUCAUCCCUCCUACCUGUCCAGACGGGCUGUUUCUCUGUUUUGUCUUGACGCUAAGGCUUCUUCAUGCUGGUUCCCAAAAGACGACUCGCUGUCAACAUCACCCUGAUGGCUCACGUGUCACUUGCAGAAACCUUUGGCAUCAUGAUAGUCCUUAAGGACUCAACUUGCCAGAGAAAUCCCAUUGCAGAGACUAAGUGUUUUCACCCCCUUCCAUCCGGUACUGAGUGACUCACUGUGGCACCCAGGAGAGCCAUGUAGCAGGGAACAGAGCUUAAUUCACCAGCCCCAAACAGUUACCACUCUCACACUGGCUUCAGGUUUCUUUCUGGCACCAGAUAAAUCCUGAAAGCAAAGCGUGGCUAUAGGGCUAAGUGGAAAACUGAGGUUCGGGGAGAAGGGGUUUGACCAAGAUUCCUGCAGCCAUCUCCACUAUUAAUGAAACUGAAUUUAGUCAUGUAAUCUGCCUCCCUCUGAUGAAGCAAGGGACUUCAUUAUGCUGUUUUGUUUAUGAGGAUGUUUGAAAAUCUUCAAGAUGACAAGUUUAAAACAUAUCUUCUAAACAGUGGGUAGAAAAUUGACUUUCAAGGGGCAGAGGGAGCCUUUUAAGCCCGUAGGGAUUCCCAGGUGGAUUUUUUGGGCCAAAUGGCUCCCAUGAUUAUGCCUAUUUUGUGGUGUCAGCAAGUAGCUGAAGGUUUCCUCUUAAGGCUUCUGUAGAAAUUAAAUUCUUUGAACCCAAAAGAGACCAGGCAGCAGGGCUACAGAAAGUUUGUCCUGCUCUGCACUCACGGGGAGAACUUCAUGUGGCUUCUGAGGGCAUCUAGGAGGGUCUUCUCUGGAGGGGAGCCCCCAGAGGGCCCACGAGGUCUGGUGUCCUGUCAGUGUACUGUCUGCCCCCUUCCCCAUGUUCUGUGUCUCAGAGCCAAAGUGACUUAUAUUUGUGAGUGUGAACUCUGUAACACUUGAGUCUUUCCGAUGUGUUGUAAUGAGUGAUUUAUUGUAAAUGUUGCAGUCUCAAUAAAGUGUA